AUGGACGUCGCGCUUUUCUUACCAGAGAUCCAGCUCGCUGUGUCGUCUAACCUAAGCAAUGUUCUCAGUUUUAUGAUUGCUAGCGCGUGGUUGCCAUUCUCGCCGAUGACAGCUUUGCAAGUCCUCGUACAAAACGUUAUGUAUGACAUCAGCCAGGUUACUAUUCCAUGGGAUAAUAUGGAUCCGGAAUGCCUUCAGCAGCCUCGAAAGUGGAACACACCGGACUUGGUUCGUUUUACGAUGAUUCUGGGUCCCCCUAGCUGUACUAUCGACAUGUGCACAUUUGCCCUUGGCUGGUUCUAUUACUAUAUCCGUAGUACGCAGGAUACCGAGGCUAUAUACCGAUUUCGCGCACACUGGUUUGUGCAGGGGCUCCUAACACAGAUAUUGAAUGUCCACGUGUUCCGUACGUCAAAAUUUCCGAUUGUACAAAGUCGCGCCUCUGCUGCUUUUGUUAUCAGCACUAUCCUAGCCGCCAUAGUCGGUUUCGUCAUCCCUUUCGUGCCUGCCUUGCAGGGGGCUCUGCACUUUGCACGUCCUGCGGGCUCAUUUGUCGGAUUCCUUGCUGCAGAGUUGCUGAUAUAUUGCAUCCAGCAGCAGAUCGUAAAAAUGUUGUAUAUCUGGUUAUUUAAAGUAUGGUUGUAG